UCACCCUCACACUUCACUCUCACCACCCCACGAGCCAAGGUGCACCGCAUCUCUCUUCAACUACUUGGGACCAGAUAAUAUUUUACCAGGACGAAAAUUCAGCUCCGGAAUUUGUGACAAAAUCAAACAGUUUGUGAUACCGAAUAUUCCCUUAAAAGAGCGCUACCCACAGUUUUACGAGAUCAACCUUCGACACCGUUCCCAACCAAGAACCGAUUGAAACCAUGAAGAUCUUUUUGUGGUGCGCCCUGACCGUGGCCGUCGUUUUGGCUGAGCCUCCAACCCAGGGAGGAGGAGGUAGUGGUGGUUAUUCCGGUGGGGGUGGUUUUGGAGGGGGCAAGCAAGGAGGUCAGCAAGGUGGCGGAUUCGGCGGUGGUGGUGGUUCUCAAAACUACGGAGCCCCUUCAAGGUCAUCCGGAGGUCAGCAGUAUAACGCUCCAUCUGGACCAUCUGCCCAGCCAUCUGGAAACUACGGAGCCCCAAGCCAAGGGUACCAACAAGGUCAACAGCAGCAACAACAGCCCCAACAAGGUUACUCUCAGAACGGAGGGGCAGGAGGCUACCAAGGUCAGCAGGGAGGUCAACAGGGAGGAUACAACCAGGGUGGUGGUGGAAACCAAGGGGGUGGUUACGACCAGGGCAGCGGCAACAGUGCGGGAGGUUACGGAGGAUCCAAGGAUCACGAAGGUCCACCAAUGCCAUACAACUUCGCCUACGCAGUGAAGGACUACUACGGCAAUGACUACAACCGAGAGGAGACCAGCGAUGGCAACGUGGUGAAGGGACAGUACAAGGUCCUUCUUCCUGACGGCCGAACCCAGAUCGUCACGUACACCGCGGAUUGGAUGAACGGUUUCAAUGCUCAAGUCACUUAUGAAGGGGAAGCCAAGUACCCCGAGCCCAACGCCAACGGUGGAUACGGAAACAACGACGCCCAGUCCAACUCCCAAGGAGGCUACGCUCAAGGACAAGGCAGCGGAAACAGUGGUGGUGGAAGCGGAAAUUACGGUGCCCCAUCCGCCCCCCAACCGGCCGCGUACUCUCCCCCACAACAACAACAGUCCUACAAUGCUCCAGCCCCCUCUUCAAACUAUGGUUCUCCUCAACCAUCCUACAGCAACAAUGCCCCCCAACAAUCCUACAAUGCUCCAGCUCCCCAACAAUCAUACAACAGUCCAGCCCCCCAGCAACAGCAAUCUUACAAUGCCCCAGCCCCCUCUUCAAACUAUGGUUCCCCCCAACAAUCUUAUAGCAACAAUGCCCCCCAACAAUCCUAUGCUCCAGCUCCCCAACAGCAACAACAAUCGUAUGCUGCUCCAUCUUCCAAUUACGGAGCCCCAUCCGGCCAGCAGCAGUCUUACUCUGCCCCCCAAUCUUCGUACAACGCUCCUGCGCCCUCCUCCAGCUACGGUGGUCCAUCCUCAGGGGGCCGUUCGUCACCCCAGUCCAACUAUGGGGCCCCUUCGGGUAAGAGCUCAUCCCCCUUCGUCCCAUCCUCCGGCCCAAGUCAAUCCUACGGCCCACAACAAGGAGGGGGCAGCGGUGGGUUUGGGAACAGACUCAACCAGAGAAACUCUUCCUCCUCCUCGGGAGGGUAUGGGAAGAAGUAGACGCUUCUGGGGUGAAGACACGGCGCAGAUAAGACACACAAUUAGGUAAUUUAUCAUCACUCCUCGAUACCCUACUACCACAUAGAUCGCCAAUUGUUACUAUUACGUAUUUUAAGUGUACUCGCUUUCAUACCAACGAUACCAUGUAUGUACGACGACGUCAUGUAUUUAAUUCUAACAAUGCCCUUAAUAUUAUCCCUCUUUUCUUUACUCAAGAGUGCAUAGGAUGGCUUCAUGAGCCGAGUAAUUGGAGCAGUUAACAAUCUUAUCUGUCUAUAAAAUCAUUGUGUGACGAAACUCAAUCUCUUCUUCCUUCUCCCUCUCGAAAUCUGUAUCAAAGUCAAAAUCCGUCGUAAUUUUGCAACAAACGCUGUGAUUUAUUAUUUCUCUUUCUCAUCUCUCUUUACAUAACAAAGUUUUAUUAUGGACGGAUUAGGCUAGGAUUUUCGACACAUUUUUUCAACAACAGUCACUCACUGUUAUUUGUUACUCUCCUUCAUAAUUCUUGUGUCGUCACUCUUCUUCUUCUUCGCUGUUUACUCUUCUUCUUUCAAAUUGAAUCAUUUUCCUCUCAAACUAUUCAAACUCAAACAAGGACGAGUUUUCCAUUAAUUUUUGUCUUUCAUGUGCAUAACUAAAUGGAAAAAUAACUCCAGUCUUCUCAUUCGAUGAUGAUGAUGAUGAUCUUUUAUUUCUUAAAAGCUAUUUACAUGAAACGUUAUUAUCUUUUCGACGUCUCUUUUGUCUCACUCUCGCCCGUCUCUCCUCUUUUUUGUGUAUAUGCAAAUAUGCAUUUUCCUCACUUUAACGCCAGCCAGCGUGCAAUCUUCCUUUCAAUUGAACCCACUUUUCUGAUAUACGUUUGCGACCAGAUGCGCUCAAUGGAUGACCAACCAAACUGCCUGUAUUACCAAACCAAACAAUUAAUAUGCUAAUAUAACUUUGCUAAAAAAAACUCUUGCCAAUUCCGUUUAUUUUUUCGUUCCUUCUUUGAAAUGCUAUUUCUUAAAAAAAAAGUUUCAACUUAAUUAUGCAGGUGACACGUUAUACUCUUGAUAAUAAAGAUACACGAAGACAUACACAUACACAUAAGCCCGUAGAUACCUACGCAUAUAUUGUGAUGCAUGGUAAAUAAUUAUUCAUGAGAUGGAAACACUUACUGAAAUACUAAAAACCAUGUCUUUGCUGCCAUACAUGGAGUUGAAUGUAAUAAUAAAAUAAAUACAUUUUUUUAUUUUUGUGAUGAAAUUA